UAACUCCUCCCUCAACCACUCCCUGAUCAAGCCCAGCAGGGGCUAGAUAGGAGAAUGGGGAGGGGACACACGUGGUAGUCCACAUUUCUGUACACCAAACCAGCGGGCUGCACAGUCAGAGCCUGCAAGACAGCCUCCCUGCAGUCCUAUCGCCUAAGACAGAGCCUGGCAGUCAUGGACAGCCUCCUGAUGAAGAGGAAACUCUUCCUCUACAACUUCAAGAACCUGCGCUGGGCCAAGGGCCGUCGUGAAACCUACCUCUGCUAUGUUGUAAAGCGCCGUGACAGCGCUACGUCAUGCUCCCUGGACUUUGGAUACCUGCGCAAUCAGAUGGGCUGUCAUGUGGAGGUGCUCUUCCUGCGCUACAUCUCAGCCUGGGACCUGGACCCGGGCCGCUGCUACCGUAUCACCUGGUUCACCUCCUGGAGCCCCUGUUACGACUGCGCCCGGCACGUGGCCAACUUCCUGCGCGCCUACCCCAACCUGACCCUCCGCAUCUUCACUGCACGCCUCUACUUCUGUGAGGACCGCAAGGCAGAGCCUGAGGGGCUGAGGCGCCUGCACAAGGCAGGGGCCCAAAUUGCCAUCAUGACCUUUAAAGAUUACUUCUACUGCUGGAACACGUUUGUGGAGAACAGGGAAAAGACCUUCAAAGCCUGGGAAGGACUGCAUGAAAACUCUGUCCAUCUGUCCAGGAAACUUCGACGGAUCCUCCUGCCACUGUACGAAGUAGAUGAUUUACGAGAUGCUUUUAAAACUCUGGGACUUUGAAGUGGAAGUCAUCAGCAACCAGAAGACUUCACAAACACUUGUUCUUUGAUUUCCAACUCUCUCCCUUACAAGAGACCUUUCUCUUCUUUCCUCUCUACAUCUCUCCUCCUUCCAGCCCUGUUUCUAGAGAUAAGUGUACCCUUACUUUUUCAUUUCCAAGGAGAAUUAGGCUGAUUUUCUUCAGACACAUUCCCCAGGCUCAUGCCUCACCCAUUGCUACCUGGGAAUAGCCAGGACUGCAGUGACAUUGCCAGAGAGCACUUUGACCCCCCUCAGUCCCUGCUGAGCUAAUUCAGGUGGUCCACUAAAUGGAGCCUGGGUUUAGCCUUGCCCAGGUUGGGGGAGACAGUCUAAAGAGCUGUUUGAGUGAUUGUGUUCUCACUGGCAUCGCACUGAUCUGCACGUUCCAUGAGGGCUUCAGGGAGCACAUCUCUUGGCUCUUAGAGCUGCACUUCACUGAGCUGCUCUGCGUCCUGCGCUGUGAAAUUGUUUAUUUGUCCUUCUAGACGUGGUAGGAAGUCGAAAACCAUCAUCACUUAAGUAGUAUAGAUAAACUGGCCAGUUAUUGGAAAGCUCGGCUGAGAGUAUUGAACUGAGUCCUGGACAGCCCAGGUAUCUUAGCUUGAAAACCUCACUUGAAGGCAGCAAGUCUUCUAAGUGCAUUGCGUGGUGGCCCAGACCUUGUAGUUCCUCCUGCCCAGAAAGGAGGGAGCUUCAGUAUCUGUAGGUCCAGGCUUUGUGCCCUCAAACAUGAUCUUUUGUCAAUACAGGAGAGGCUGAAACUAGACAAUAAAAGCCUAAAAUGGAAGUAGACCGUCCAACAUUGCCAAGUACUAGCUGCAAUUCUGGGCGUCCAACAAGACAUUUUCCACGCAAAAAUAGCAAGUCCACUCAACUCCUGUUAACUAUGUUAAGAGCCAUGGCAGCCUGGGGUCAGUACUGAUCAGUGUGUAGACCUCCCACCCAGCAGGAAAGGAGCCAUCAAGUCACUUCAACUCUGUAAUGUUUUUCCAGCAUACCUCUACUGGAAAACACACUUUAUUUCCAUAUUGUCUUACCCUCAGACUUAAUUUCUCAUGUAGGUUGAGGCUCUGGCAUUUUUAGAUGCUGUGUUGGCAUCCACAUCAGUCACCAUCUGUUUCUCCGCAUACCUCAGGGAGGAACACCACUACUCAUGCACUGAGCUUUUCCUCCUAGAUCAAACCUGCAAUAUGUUCCCUCCUUAGCCAACUGUCCUCUGCUGCAGGCACCUUAAUAGUCCCAUAGUCUUCUCUUCUUUCAGGCCUUUUAGUGCCCAUAAUAUGGCCAGAUAUGGCUAGUUGGUGACUGGACUGAGAGCUGACCAGA